UUUAAACUUAAAAAAAAAAGAGACGUUUAGUCUGCUUGUGAGUUUGCGCAUUACUAUACAUUUCAUAACCUAUGUUAUAGUUUUCAAAAGUUAAAAAACGUGUAUGUGAUUUGCUAGAUUCUGACACAAAACUGUAUUUACAUUGCGAUAUAACACACGUGGGUUUAGAAAAAUAUGCAAUUAAAAAUGUCUAAACCAUUUGACAAAAAACUUGUUAAGCAGUUAUUGCUGAAAGAAAACGAAUUUAUUUCACAGAUAUUUUCAAGAACACCUUUCCCUGUAUCUGAAUUAGUUUCAGAUGAUCAAAGUAAUGUAAUAGUACAAAAUAAUAAAACUGCAUCAAAAGGAAAAAUUUUUUCACAUUUAAACGGAAAAAUGAAAAGAGCACAAACAUUUGAAGAGUUACAUGCUAGACUCGAAGGAUUAAGAAAUAUUAAAAGGCUAGGAUAUAAGGAAAAACAAUUGAAAAAGAACUUGAAAAAUAGAAUAAAAAAGAUAUCAAAGAGGGAAGAACAUUUGAUGCAGAAGAAAGCUGUUAAAAUAGAGCAAAAUGCAAGUGGUUUGUCCAAAAUUAAAAAGGAAGACAGCGAAGUACAGAAAAUUCCAAGACCAAAACCCAUAUUUAAUUCAGAAGGUAAAAUGGUUUUCAGUAAGUUUGACUUUUCUGAAAUUGGAACAAAAAAGAAACCACCUAGAAAAGAUACAAAGAAAAUUCUUCUUGAAUUAAAGCAGAAGAAAGAAAAGUUAAAGGAAAUGGAACAAUCAGGUGAAAUAGAAAAAGCUCAAGAACUUAAAGAAAAAGAUGCAUGGAAAUCUGCUUUAGCAAAAGCCUCUGGUGAAAAAGUGAAAGAUGAUUCUGAUUUGCUUAAACGAACAAUAAAGAGAAAAGACCAGCAGAAAAAACAAAGUGCUAAGAAAUGGGAAUCAAGGUUAGAAAAUGUUCAGAAAGGAAUCCAAGAAAGGCAAGAAAAGCGUCAAGAAAAUAUCAUGAAGAGAAAAAAAGAGAAAAAAUUGAACAAGUUAAAAAAGGCGUCUAAAAAAGGACGAGCGAUGCCCGGAUUUUAGGCAUUAUAUAUGUAUAAUAAGUAUGUUUAGAAGAAUUUUAUAUUUGAUAUAUUUGAAUACAUUCUAAUUGCUCUUGUAUAAAUAAUUAUUUCGUAUAUCUAGUAAGAUUAUUUACAUCAGACGUAUUGACAGUUUUCCACUCUAAAAAUCCGUAUAUCGAUUUCAUAAUAUAUAAAAGUGUGAAGUUUCUGGUGCUUAUGAUGAUUUAUUUACAAACUGUUUUCUGUUUGUACGUCGUGUUAACAAACCCUUAUUUACACUAACAUAUCUGUAGCAUACAUUUUUCGACUAGGUAUCUCAUUGUAAAAAGCCGGGAUGUCUACUAAAUUUGAUACAAUUGGUCAGUAUAACGUUUAACUCACAUUAAUUUCUGUCACAUGUGCAAAACUUGUUUGCAAACUUUUAUUUAACUUUACGAUGUCAAUAUAUUUUAUAGUCAUUUUUCGUUAUGGCACUUGCGAUGUAUGUUCAGAAUUCGUCACGAUCUUCAAACUGAACGUAACAUAUAUUCCAGGUAUUGAAGGUUCAUAACAAAUUUUUAAAUUUUUGUAAUUGUUUAAUAAAUGAUUGGUAAGUUUA